GCGGCGGCGACGGGGGGAGGAGGGGAGGAGACGGAGGAGCAGGAGGAAGAGAAGGCGGAGGAGGCAGUAGCUCUCCGCGGGGCAGAGCCGGACGCGUCUUCUUGCCCCCCUCCCCCCGUUCGCCGCUGCCGCCGUGUAGUUGGCGCGGCUGCCUGGGCUGAGAGUGAACGUGGUGUCGGCGGAGGGAGAUGGCCCGGGAACGCCGGCGCCAGUAACGGGGAGGUGCUGAGAGUCGCCGAGGGCGCGUCGGGCCCUGGUGCCGGUGCUGCCGCCCGCCCGCCGCCUGCGCGCCCGCCCGCCCGCCUCUCGCGGCCGCUCUCCCCCUCCCCCGACACAUACUCACAGGCCGGGCAUUGAUGGUAAUGUAUGCGAGGAAACAGCAGAGACUCAGUGAUGGCUGUCACGACCGGAGGGGGGACUCGCAGCCUUACCAGGGGGGUGAUGUUUUACAGGCACUUAAGUAUUCAUCGAAGAGUCACCCCAGUAGCGGUGAUCACAGACAUGAAAAAAUGCGAGACGCCGCAGAUCCUUCACCACCAAAUAAAAUGUUGCGGAGAUCUGAUAGUCCUGAAAACAAAUAUAGUGACAGCACAGGUCACAGUAAGGCCAAAAAUGUGCAUAUUCACAGAGUUAGAGAGAGGGAUGGUGGGACCAGUUACUCUCCACAAGAAAAUUCACACAACCACAGUGCUCUUCAUAGUUCAAAUUCACAUUCUUCUAAUCCAAGCAAUAAUCCAAGCAAAACUUCAGAUACACCUUAUGAUUCUGCAGAUGACUGGUCUGAGCAUAUUAGCUCUUCUGGGAAAAAAUACUACUACAAUUGUCGAACAGAAGUUUCACAGUGGGAAAAACCAAAAGAGUGGCUUGAAAGAGAACAGAGACAAAAAGAAGCAAACAAGAUGGCAGUUAAUAGCUUCCCAAAAGAUAGGGAUUACAGAAGGGAGGUGAUGCAGGCAACAGCCACUAGUGGGUUUGCCAGUGGAAUGGAAGACAAGCAUUCCAGUGAUGCCAGUAGUUUGCUCCCACAGAAUAUUUUGUCUCAAACAAGCAGACACAAUGACAGAGACUACAGACUGCCAAGAGCAGAGACUCACAGUAGUUCUACGCCAGUACAGCACCCCAUCAAACCAGUGGUUCAUCCAACUGCUACCCCAAGCACUCUUCCUUCUAGUCCAUUUACGCUACAGUCUGAUCACCAGCCAAAGAAAUCAUUUGAUGCUAAUGGAGCAUCUACUUUAUCAAAACUGCCUACACCCACAUCUUCUGUCCCUGCACAGAAAACAGAAAGAAAAGAGUCUACACCAGGAGACAAAUCUGUAUCACAUUCUUGCACAACUCCUUCCACAUCUUCUGCCUCUGGACUGAAUCCCACAUCUGCACCUCCAACAUCUGCUUCAGCAAUCCCUGUUUCUCCUGUUCCACAGUCACCAAUACCUCCAUUACUUCAGGACCCAAACCUUCUUAGACAGCUGCUUCCUGCUUUGCAAGCCACACUGCAACUUAAUAAUUCUAAUGUGGACAUAUCAAAAAUAAAUGAAGUUCUUACAGCAGCUGUGACACAAGCCUCAUUGCAGUCCAUAAUUCAUAAGUUUCUUACUGCUGGACCGUCUGCUUUCAACAUAACUUCUUUGAUUUCUCAAGCUGCUCAGCUCUCUACACAAGCCCAGCCAUCUAAUCAGUCUCCAAUGUCUUUAACUUCUGAUGCGUCAUCCCCAAGAUCGUAUGUGUCUCCAAGAAUAAGCACACCUCAGACUAACACAGUCCCAAUCAAACCUUUGAUUAGUACUCCUCCUGUUUCAUCACAGCCAAAGGUUAGUACUCCAGUAGUUAAGCAAGGACCGGUUUCCCAAUCGGCCACACAGCAGCCUGUAACUGCUGACAAGCAGCAAGGUCAUGAGCCUGUCUCUCCUCGAAGUCUUCAGCGCUCAAAUAGCCAGAGAAGUCCAUCACCUGGUCCAAACCAUACUUCUAGUAGUAAUGCAUCAAAUGCAACAGUUGUACCACAGAAUUCAUCUGCCCGACCUACAUGUUCAUUAACACCUACGCUAGCAGCACACUUCAAUGAAAAUCUCAUAAAACACGUUCAAGGAUGGCCUGCAGAUCAUGCAGAGAAGCAGGCAUCGAGAUUGCGAGAAGAAGCCCAUAAUAUGGGAAGUGUUCACAUGUCAGAAAUUUGUACUGAAUUAAAAAAUUUAAGAUCUUUAGUCCGAGUAUGUGAAAUUCAAGCAACUUUGCGAGAGCAAAGGAUACUAUUUUUGAGACAACAAAUUAAGGAACUCGAAAAGCUAAAAAAUCAGAAUUCCUUCAUGGUGUGAAGAUGUGAAUAAUUGCACAUGGUUUUGCGUACAGGAACUGUAAAUCUUAUUGCCCAGUCUUAACAUUUUUGAGCUGCAUUUAAGUAGACUUUGGACCGUUAAGCUGGGCAAAGGAAAUGACAAGGGGAUGGGGUCUGUGAGAGUCAAUUCAGGGGAAAGAUACAAGAUUGAUUUGUAAAACCCUUGAAAUGUAGAUUUCUUGUAGAUGUAUUCUUCACGUUGUAAAUAUGUUUUGUAGAGUGAAGCCAUGGGAAGCCAUGUGUAACAGAGCUUAGACAUCCAAAACUAAUCAAUGCUGAGGUGGCUAAAUACCUAGCCUUUUACAUGUAAACCUGUCUGCAAAAUUAGCUUUUUUAAAAAAAAAAAAAAUUGGGGGGUUAAUUUAUCAUUCAGAAAUCUUGCAUUUUCAAAAAUUCAGUGCAAGCGCCAGGCGAUCUGUGUCUUAAGGAUACAAUUUUGAACCAUAUGGGCAGUGUACAAAAUAUCAUGAAACAACUGUUUCCACACUUGCACCUGAUCAAGAGCAGUGCUUCUCCAUUUGUUUUGCAGAGAAAUGUUUUUCAUUUCCCGUGUGUUCCAUUUCCCUCUGAAAUCCUUGAUCUGAUUUUAUCCAUUUUUUUAAGGCUCCUCUUUUUCUCCUUUCUUAAGGCACUGUUGCUAUGGCACUUUUCUAUAACCUUUUCAUUCCUGUGUACAGUAGCUUGAAAUUGCAGUGAUCGAGCAUAACCCACUUGUUUGUAUAAAUUAUUGAGAUCCAUUUGCACCCUGUAAGAAUAGACUUAAAAGUACCGCUGGGCAUGUGUGCUGAAAGUACAUUGAUUGCUCACAUAUAAGGAAAUGGCCCAAUGAACAUGGUUGUGGGAGGGGAAAGAGGAAACAAAGCUAGUCAGAUGUGAAUUGUAUCUGUUGUAAUAAACAUGUUAAAACAAACAAAAAAUUGUUAUUUUUCUUUUCCUUCGGUCAGUGCAUAUUAGAAUUUGAACUACCUGGGGAUUCUUUAUCAGAACUAUUCUUGUUGAAUAUUUAUACUUAAUUGAAAUAAUUCCUUAAGGGAGGUUUUGUUUAAAGCAUAUUAACAGGAAAUUGUGUAUAAGAUAUUUAAUGAAAUAUGAAAUUCAACAAGAAUGAUUAAGUCACUUCCCAAGUGGUUGUCAUUUGUUAUAAACCCUGGUUUAACCUGUCUUGCUAUUAUGACAUUUCAUUUUGAAGGAUGUUUGUGUUGUAGCUAACUGUUCAAGUCUGGUGCUGACUGCUGUUCUUAGCCAUCACAAAACGCUAAAUUUGUGUAAUUGGAGCUUCCUUCUGUUAUCUGGAAAUGGUGGGAAAGCUCAGCUUUGUAUAUUGUUUCCUAAAGUAUAUUAAAAUAAAAAAAGAAACUAUUGCUACUAUAAAAUUA